UAAUUGGGGAAAUUUGAGAGACUAGCGAGCCGAGUAGUAGCAUCGACGAUCAAAGCAAGCGAUGAACCCGUUAACCCUAGUUAAACGCCUUCAGAAGAUCAAUUCGAAAGAAGCGGAGUUAGGGAUAUCCGACGAAGCAUCAUGGCACGCCAAGUACAAAGAAUCAGCUUAUGUCUUCGCUGGUGGCAUUCCCUUCGAUCUCACUGAAGGCGAUCUCCUCGCCGUUUUCGCCCAGUACGGGGAGGUUGUUGAUGUCAACCUUGUUAGAGACAAAGGCACUGGUAAAUCCAAAGGCUUUGCAUUUAUUGCAUAUGAGGACCAGAGAAGUACAAAUCUCGCUGUAGAUAAUUUGAACGGAGCACAGAUAUUAGGCCGAAUUAUUAGGGUGGAUCAUGUUAGUAAUUAUAAAAAGAAAGAGGAAGAAGACGAGGAGACCGAGCGGAAGAAGAGGGAGGAGCGAGGUGUGUGCCGUGCUUUUCAAAGAGGCGACUGUACUCGUGGAGCCGGAUGCAAAUUUUCUCACGACGAACAGAGAGCUGCAAAUACAGGUUGGGGUCCUGAGAAUGCAGCAAGUUCAAGAUGGGGACAUGACAAGUUUGAGGGUCCGAAAUGGGGUGAGAAACGAUCUGACAACAAUCCAUCAAGUCCUGUUCAGGAGCCUAUGAUUCAAGAUGGUUUUAGACGGGAUGAUAAGGAUUCACGCUCUAGAUCAAAGGCCAAGGAGAGGCCCUUAGAGAGCAACCCCAGGCUAAGUGAUAGGAGGGAGGAAAACAGACUGAGAAGGCAUGAUGAUGAGGAGUUUGAGCCAAAGUUGAGAGAAGAUCAUGAUGGGAGGCAGGAUAAGAGACCGGGAAGGCACAACGAUAGUGAAUUUGAAUUGAAGUCAAGAGACCUUAGGAGAGAAGAAAGAAAAUCUAGAGGACAUGAUGAUAACGGGUUUCAGCCAAACUCGAGAGAAGUUUGUGAUUGGAGGGAAGAAAAGAGAUUGAGAAGGCACGAUGGUGAUGAAUUUGAACCGAAGUCAAGAGAGGAUGCAAGAGAAGAAAAGAGAUUAAGGCUGCAAGAUGCAGGUGACUUGGAGCUGAAGUCAAGAGGUGGAAGGGAAGAAAAGAGAUCAAGAAGGCGUGAUGAUGAUGAAUUUACGCCAAAGUUGAGAGAAGAUGGAAUCGAAGAAAAGAAAUUGAGAAGGCAUGGUGAUGAUGAAUUUGAGCCGAAGUUGAGAGAAGAUAGAAGGGAAGAAAAGAAAUUGAGAAAGCAUGAGUCAGAUCCCCAUCUAGAAGAAAAACGAGAUAAAGGUGGGGAUUUGAAGUCAACUCAUCAUAGGGAUUCCGCAUCUCAUCCAAAGAGAGGGAGAGAAGAAUACAGCCGGCAUAGAUCAGAUAGAUAGGGAUAUUCAUUAAAUGACAACGGGGAUAAACUCUCUUUGGAAUCACUACUCUCUGUGCAACUGGAUCAUUUCCGUGUACAAUCUAAUGUUGUGAUUCUAAUUCGUCAGGCUUGGCUGAGGUCUCUUUUGUGCUUCGUCUGCGUUGUUUCCCUCUGCCGCACGUGGCUGGCAGGUGUAGCUAGAACCUCGACAGGUAAUGUUCAUAGAUAUGGACAUUUACGUACCUGCCAAGUGGACUUGGAAUGUUUGAUUAAUUGUGGAGUUAUUGCAAUCCUCUAAUGAUGAAGAUUUCGUUUGUCACCA